UGUCGAUACAAAUUUAAUUGCUUGUUCGUUUGUGAUAUUCCUGUCAGUUUAGCUAUAUGAGCCGAUUUAAAUGGAGGUGUAAGCUCGCUUGGAGUGUGGAUGCGAUCGUGUGAAAAGCCCAGAGUGUUUGCUGUCAGUGAAGUGAGAGUGUUGCCUCGUUGAUUCGAAGUGAUGCGGCGGCUGUACGUUGGUGGGUUGAGCCACUCAGUCACCCAGAAGGAUCUGAAAGAUCGCUUUGGGAAGUUUGGAGAUGUGCACGAUGUUGAGCUCAGGACCAGGAAAGAUGACGAAGGGGUUCCUUACAAAACCUUCAGCUACAUUAACAUCGACAUUUCAGAAGUUGACCUAAAGAAAUGUAUGACAGUGCUGAACAAAUCCAAAUGGAAAGGAGGAACUCUGCAGAUUGAAGCAGCGAAGGAGAGUUUCUUGCACAGACUCGCUCAGGAGCGGCAGGCGGCGAUGGAGCAGUGUCUCCAGCAGCCUGCAGCUGAGGACAAGCGACAGAAGCUGCUGGACUCCCUGAGCAAAGCUGGUGUGGACAAUUUCACCAUGAAGGCUGCAGUGCCAGGGACUGAAGUACCAGGACACAAGGACUGGGUCGUCAGUAAAUUUGGACGAGUCCUUCCCACUCUGCAGCUCAGGUGUAAGAAAGGCAGCAAAGCUCGAACCCUGAAGUACGACCCAUCUAAAUACAGCCACAACAUCCGCAAGCUGGACAAAAACACCACAGACUCAUCCACACCUGUCACUCAGCUCACCUGGGAGGUUCAGGGAGGGGAUGAUGACAUCAGCAAAAAGAGGCGAGGCGAGUUUCCUCCCUAUAAACCACCACCAAGACCAAAAAAGAGUCGGACGGAUAUGAUCAGCUCCCAUAAUGCUGUGAGCAGAGCCAGAUUAGAGCCAACCGUCAAAUCCAUCAAUCACACUGAGAAGCAGCCCUUCACCAACGGGUUUGAACUGCACUCCAAGAUCAAGAUCAGACCGGAUCUGAGGAAGUUGGCAUCUUUAAUGGACAGUGAUGUUGAUUCAGAUGAGGAGAUCCGCAGGAUGGUAGCGGCUCAGAACACCUCCCAUGAUGCUCGGUAUCAGGAAGGGGAGGAUAAUCUAGAAGUGGUAGGAUUUGACUACCUGGGGAAGCUGGAACGUUCAUGUAAACAGCAAAAAGGUAGGCCAGAUAAUGAGGACGAGUACGACUAUGAUUCUGCUGACACAGAUGAACUUUUUGCCUCCAAGACAGUACCACCACCUCCUCCUCCACCUCCUUCUGAGGCUCCAUUGAAGAAGAAACAGGUGCUGCCCACUGUGAAACCGCAUUCAGAAAACAACACAGACGGAAAGAAAAAGACGAGGAAGCAAAGUAAGGUUGGAGCAGAGGAGGAGGAAGAGGAGGAUUUGAGGAAACCUUCCUGCACACAGCAGACAAGAGAUUCUGGUAAACAGAAUUCUCAAAAACAAAGCGGCAGUUCUGGCAAACACAGUGAGAAGACGGCAGUCCAUUCCUCUUCUUCAGAGUCAGACCAUGAUGAGGUUGAUGAAAAUGAAGAAUUAGACUCAGCUGAUUCGUCUGCAGACUCUGAUUAUGACACCAUGUUUUCUAAUGUCACCCGUUUGGAGAUUUCCUUCACCGAUCUACAGAGACUAGCUGAAGAAUCUCAAGCAACAUCCGAACCAGCAGUUACCAGCAAUGUCAGCCCAGGCCCUGAAAAAGAAACUGCCCUUAUAGCUGGCUCUGCAAAACAACCAACCAAGAAAGGCAUCAUGCCAGAGGAGAUCCUUGCCUCCAUUAUGGAGGAUGACAGCAGUGAUGAUGACAAAAAGAAGAAGAAAAAGAGGAAAAGAAAAGAUGUGAUGUUAAUACAACUACCUGCAUUUUUGGGGACAAAUACACUGAAUGAUGGAUUCGAAACAAUUGACAACAACCAGAGACUGAAAGAGGAGGAAAAUGAGGAGGCAAAAAUAAGUGUGAUCAAAAAACACAAGCUUGACUCUGAAGCUCCCCAAGUGGACAACACAAGCAGUGAGGAGGAGGAGGAGGUCAAGGUCGAGGACAAUCCUGCUGCUAAAAUGGUUCCAAAUAAAGCUCAUAUAAACACUGAGAAUGCUGAGACUAGUUCCUCUUCUAGCAGUGAUGAUGUUGAGGGAGAAGUGGAGAGGAUGGAGGCCAGUCAGACCUCCAGCUCCUCCUCUGAGGAAGACGAGGACAAGGUUAUCACUGAAGAUGUUGGAAAAUUGGCAACUCCGGCUGCUCUUCACAGUGAGUCCACCAGUGACGAGGACGAGGGCGAGGACGAGGACGAGGAGAAGGAGAAGGAGAAGGCUCCUUCCCGGGUAACUUUAGGAGCUAAGGAGGAGGCGGAGCUGCAGAGGAAGGCCAAUAUGAGGAGGCUAGCUGCCAUCCAGCAGAGACAGAAAGAGGCUGAAGAACACAAGAGGCUCAUCCAGGGAGCUUUAGCCAACCUAGAUACCCCGAAUCCAGGGACAGGGAAACGCAUAGUCUUUGGCUCUGAUGAUGAAGAGCAGGAUGGUGAGGAUGAAAGUAAGCAGCAGAUUUCCCCAGAGGUCACGGUGUCGAAGAAGACCGUGUUCCACGACAGCCAAUCAGAAGAUGAGGCCACGGGCGAUGAGGAAUCAGCUGAUGAAAACAACACAGUGAAAGAGAAUGUUCAUCGGAAGCGGUCGGCCUCUCGGUUGUUUGGUGGUAGUGACGAUGAGGAGGAUGGUGAUGGAGAGGAAGACGAUAGCAGGUUUGACAUCAGGCCACAGUUUGAAGGUCGAGCAGGUCAGAAGCUGAUGGAGCUGCAGUCUCGCUUUGGAACCGACAAGCGUUUUCGGAUGGAUUCUCGCUUCUUGGAAGAUGACGAGGGCAAAGAGGAAGAGUCAGAGAGGACGAAGAGCAUGGCAGAUGAAGACGAGCCUCUGGAGGAGGAGAGGAAGAAGAACCUGUCUAUCCUGCAGAGCGUCCUCGGCAGCGUCCAACAAACCUGCAGCAGCAAGACCACUGUCAAAGCCAAGACUUUUAGAGACGUCUCAGCACUGCACUAUGACCCCAGCAGAGAAGAACAUGCUGCAUUUGAGACCAAACCAGAAGAAACUAAGGAGAGCAAGUCUGCCAGGAGGAAGAAAAGGGAGGAGGCUCAGAAGCUUCCGGAGGUCACUAAAGAGAUUUAUUACGAUGUCUCUGGUGACCUGAAGGCUGUCUUUGGUCAGACAAAGGAUAAUGUCACAGAAGAAGAAGAAGAAGAAGAAAACCCGAGCUGGGAUCAAGAAGAGGAGGAAAAAAGAGGAAAUAAUGAAGAGCCGAUUCUGCCUGUGAUUCAUGCCCCAGCUGAUCUCAGUGCAGAGAAACAGGAGUCUGGGUUUAAAUUCUCCUUCUUUGGAGAGGACGCAGAAACAGAAACUAGAGAGACAGAGUACAAGGUGGAGACCAUCCAAGCUCCGAAGGUGUCAUGGCAACAGGACCCACGUUUCCAAGACAGCAGUUCAGAAGAGGAUGAGGAUGAGGAGGGGCGGGAGGAGGAUGAGGAGCAAAGCAGUGCUACACCUAAAACCACAGAAGAGGCAACUCCAUCAAAGACUAGUCUCUUCUUCUUUUUCCCAGAAGACAGCAGACUGACAGAGGGCCCGAGGUUAUUCUGUCGUCCUUCUCAGCUGGAGGAGCAGAGGGAGCAGUGGGAGGAAAGGAGGAGCGAACUCAGACAGGAGUACCGUAAGAAACACAAGGACGCCCGCAGAAAACUGAAGGCCUCCCUGAAGAGCUAAGGACGAAGGGACAUGAAGCCUCUGUGA